AUGGCUACCGUGGCUCAUCUGGCGUCGCUCGUUCCCCGCAGCCAUCGCACCAUCACCGCUGCGCGAAACGUCAUCGCGUGCCUACUCUUCGUCCACACCGUCAUCGCCCUUCUCUUCUUCAACCUCAUUCCUCUUCCGUUCGCCACGCCAUUGCUACGCCCGACCACUGACGUGAAAAUAGACGACCUCGUCUUUCUCCCUUCGCGAUACGAUAUCGGUGAAUCGAAUUCCUCAGAGUUUACGGAAGGGGGGAGCGUGCCGAGAGAGGUAGAGGAGGAAAGCGGCGGAUCGGCAUUCCCUGAGGCACAAGCAGUCGACGCAUUCAUGGACCCGCAGCUCUUCUCUCUGGAAGAGCUCGCACGCCGCGAGGUGCUCUCGACAGCGCGCAGCGAUAUGCUGCGACGCAUCGACGACGAGCUGCGGCACGACGACUCGGGAAAAACGUGUUCGCAAAAGGUCGCAUUUGUCGCAUGGGCUGACGGAAACCAUGCGACGCUAGUAAGAGGGAAUACCUCCAUUGCUCGCGAAGCAGACCCGCUGAUGGCUAAUGAGACUCGUUCAGCUUCCGUAGCACCAGUGGAUCUGCCUGCGAAGCGUGAGUUUCUCUUAGAGGUUCGCGCCGCUAUCGCCGCCAUGACCAAUGUGAACCAAUCCGAGCUCGACGCGCUUCAGAUGAAGCUUCUAGACUUCGAAAGGCAGCAGAAACAGCAAGAGUCAAAUGCAUUUUUCGAUGCAUGGCGUCGCGCAAACCCCCAGGUGACAUGGCCGCCCCAGAAUACGAUUUCCUCUGGCCUCGCCGAAAGGAAUAAGCUGCCUCCGCGCAUUCCGCGGAAACCAAGCCGGGACGUGCGCAAGCUGUUCCGACGGAGUGACGAUUCCGCAGCCAAUGAGCGAAGAGCAGAGGACGCUCAAGCGUGGAGCAAGUCGCGGCUUGGGGACGAUCAGAUCGUGAUGGUGCUGUUGGUGCACAACCGGCCCGCGUAUCUCAGACGGACGCUCGCUUCCAUGCGACGCGUGGAAGGCAUUCAAGACGUGCUGCUCAUUGUAAGCCACGAUGGGUACUACCCCAAGAUGGACGCCAUGGUGAGGGCGAUUGAUUUCUGCCCCGUGAAGCAGAUCUACUUCCCCUUCUCCCCUCACCUCUUCAACGGCACCUUCCCUGCAGCUUCCCCUGACGACUGCCAAGGCCGGCUCCCUAGGAGUGAGGUCGCCUGGGGGGAAGCAGAAGGUGACGAAGGGGAUGGUGGAGGAGGAGGAGAGGGAUCGGAAGAAGGGGAGUGGGUAGGCAAUUGCAGUGGACAGGCGGAUCAGUUUGGAAGGUUCAGGGACCCUCGGAUAAUAUCUCUCAAGCACCACUGGUGGUGGGCGAUGAACGCGGUGUGGGGGGGCGUGGAGGAGACGCGGGGGUAUGGAGGGCACGUGGUAUGGGUGGAGGAGGACCAUCUGCUCUUCCCCAACGCCCUGCGCCACCUGCGCGCGCUCCUCCACGCCAAGCACGCGCGCUGCCCCCACUGCAUCGCCGCCAACCUCGCGCCCUCCGAUGUGGUCUCCAUACAGGACGACGAGCCGGGGGUGUUUUCAGCGGAGCGCAUGGGCAAUGUGGGGUAUGCGUUCAACCGCAGCGUGUGGGAGCUCAUUCACGCGCAGGCCAAGUCACCCUAUCCCUGCCAACCACCCACCCCAUUUCUGCCAAUCAACCACCCUAUCCCUGCCAACCGCCCCACACCCCGCAUCCCCCAGCCGUUCUGCCUGUACGACGACUACAACUGGGACCUGACCCUCUGGUCGUCCGUGCUGCGCCGCCUGCCCUCCUCGUGGUCGCUGCGCUGGUCCCGCGCCAGCGCCCACCACGUGGGGUCCUGUGGGCUGCACUCUGGGCAGGGGGACUCGCAGGGCAAGAGUAACACUAGUGCAGCUGCUGCUGUGAAAGGGAGUGGUGGGGAAGGGAGCGAGAAGGAUGGGGAGGAGGGCAAGAAGGAGGAGAAGAGUGCGGGGUGUAGUAUAGGAGAGGAUGGGAUAGAGAAGGUGCAGUUGUUGGAUGAGGACCAUUGGAUGAUGGUGAAUGCCUCUGCUCCUGUUGUGGAACGCGAGGAGGAGAAGCGGUGGACGAUGUUUCAGGGAUGGGUGUGUCUGGACGGGUCCGCGCCCGGCUUCUACUACCGGCGAGGCCAUGGCAGCGGCGCUAACAAAUGGCUGCUCAACUUCCGGUCGGGAGCAUGGUGCACGUCCCCCUGGGACUGUUACAACCGCAGCUCGUCGCUGUGGGGCAGCUCCAACCACUUCCCUGACGUGCUGCCCACACCCGGCAUUCUCAGCGCCCAGAGCGACGUCAACCCAGAUAUGCAUGACUGGAACCUGGUCAUCUUCCCAUACUGCGAUGGUGCGUCUUUCUCUGGUGACAGGCAGGACCCACUGGUCUUUGAGGGAGUGCCGCUCUACUCUCGCGGGCGGCGCAUUCUCGACUUUCUCCUCGCGCACCUCACAACCAGAUUCCACAUGGGCACGGCACAGCGGGUGCUCAUAUCGGGGUGUUCAGCAGGCGCCCUGGUGGUGUAUCUGCACUGUGACUACAUCCGCCACGCACACAUGCCCCCCUCCGCGUCCGUGCAGUGCCUUGCAGACUCGGGCCUCUUUCUUGACAUUCCAGACAUCAGUGGUGGCAGGGCGGCUCAGACGCUCUUCCGCUCCGUGCUCGCCAUCCAUGUGCGUGUGCUCGCCAUCCAUGUGCGUGUGCUCGCCAUCCAUGUGCGUGUGCUCGCCAUCCAUGUGCGUGUGCUCGCCAUCCAUGUGCGUGUGCUCGCCAUCCAUCCUCACCAUGCCUCGCUGUGCUUCUGUGCUGUGCUGCACACGUGGCAGAAUGUGACUGGCAGUCUUCCCGCCUCCUGCGUCUCCUCUCGUCCACCUGGAGACCACUAUCAGGUAAGCUCUGCUCCUAUCACCUCUGCUGCUAUCACUUCUGCUGCUAUCACCUCUGCUGCUAACACCUCUGCUGCUAUCACCUCUGCUGCUAUCACUUCUGCUGCUAUCACCUCUGCUGCUAUUAUCACCUGUGCUGCUAACACCUGUGGUGCAUACGAGUCUAAGUCUCUACGUGCUACCACACGCGCCAUGCUAUCGCAGCUACUACCUCUCCUUAGGACACCCACGUUCAUCAUCAACAGCAACUACGACCUCUGGUUGCCCUCCUCACUGUUCCUCUCACCCAUUUCCUGCGCUAUGAACCACAUCCCCUCACUUCCCCCACCCUUGUGCUGCGCUCAGUUGCGGCACGCACUGGCCCCACCAGAGGCGGACCCGUCAGGCGAGCUCAUCGCCAGCUGCUUGAGGAAGCUGCACACGUGCAACCAAUCCCAGCUCGCCACCUUGCAAGGAGUGCGGGACACAGUCACAGCCACUGUGGCACCGCUCCUGUCACCCACAGCAGGGGCAGAGGCAGAGGGAGGCGGGGGAGGGCAAGGGGAUGUGCAGCGGGAGCAGCAGCAGCACGGGGUGUUUCUGUUCUCGUGCCUGACCCACUGCACAAGCCACUAUGAGGACCACUGGCUGCGACUCACCGUGCUCAACCAGGUGAGGGAAGAGGAGCGGGAGCGGGGCAAAGGGGUGUGCAGCAGCGGCACGGGGUGUCCCACCCACCCAUCCUCCCCCUUCUCCCCUUCCCACCCUAAACUCCCCGCCCUCUCCUGCCCCUCCCUCUCCGCUUCACCUUGUGGUUCCUCCUCGCUCACCACCACUCACCCGUCACACCCACCUGUCCACCUGCCCGUUUCCUCCUCUCACUUCUCGGCAUGUGUUUCUACUCUGAUGCACGCUGUGGGCCAAUGGCUGCGAGCCGUGCACAAUACCACAGACGCACAAGGCAGUAGCAGCGGUGGCACGGGGGGGUUUGAGGCAGCGCUGAUAGACUGCCCGUACCCGUGCAACUCGUGCAACGUGCGGGCCCCGCCUCUCAUGGCACCCUCAGCUCAAAAACAGGUGGAAGCAAGUCAAGGGCACGAGGGGGCCGUGCAAGGGCAGGGGGCGGUAGCACAAAGGCAGGCGGCUCAAGGGCAAGCAUCUCAAGGGCAGGUGAACGCAAGUGCAGCUCAGGGGCAGGGCAAGACAGAGGCCCCACGAGCACAGGUGGGAGCACAGGCAGGGCAAGUGCAGGUGAAGGAAACAGAGGUGGUGCAGCGGGAGAGGGGCGUGCCAAUACAGACAGAACAGGCUGGCCCGGUGGCACCAGACGCAGGUGGAGUUCAAACUACCGUUUGA